UACCGGCGCACCAGUGCCUUCAAAGGCCGUGUCUCGCUAAAGGUUAGCUCUCACGUGCCGUGAUCCAACCUGACCCCCCUCCCAUUGGCCCUGCGGCGUCCUCCCUUGUACUGUUGUGACAGCACAGGGAAGCACACUGCGGGGCAGCCAAGCCACUGCGGCAUCCUAGCCCAGCUAGAGCAGCCCUGAAUGCCACUGAUAGCUCGCCGCUCGUUCCUAGUCCCAGCCCACCUGCAUUCCCGCCAGAGCGAGCCUCUCACUCGUACUACUACCAGUAGCAGUGCUGAUAUUACCAGAACUAGGCGCUUUUUCAUCAGUAAUGAAGCACUUUCAGGUGUAAGGCGACAACGCCGGCAACAACGGCCAGCACCAGAAGGCCCGAGUGAACCGUUCUCGGGGCCCAUUGCCGGAACAAGCUCAGGCCACCUGGACCUUCAAGGUGUCAACGAGCUCUCUCCCUGAUUUUGGAGGGGUUGUCUCAGUCAGGAGGAGUUCUGUCUGAGUCCGGAGGGGCUCUGUCUGAGUCAGGAGGAGUUCUGCCUGAGUCAGGAGGAGUUCCGUCUGAGUCAGGAGGAGUUCUGUCUGAGUCACGAGGAGUUCUGUCUUAGUCAUGAGGAGUUCUGUCUAAAGAAGGAGGUUGGGCGUGCAGCCACCAAAGUCAGCACCGCGGAGUUCGGCUCAGGAGCCCUUCGUCUCUGACAGGGGCCCUGUCACCCGCCCCUAUCUCCCAGAGGGAGAGACGCCUGCGAGGACUUCUACAGGAGCUUGCGGAGAUUGAAUCAAAACCGGAGGAAAGAUUCAGAUCUGGGUCGUAUCAGAGCUGAGCUCGUGGGUCCCAUCACAGAGCUCGGUGCCCCUAAUCAGAGAUCCCUUGGUAUCUGUGUUGCCACACAAUCAUCGGCCCAUCGUUGAGGGAUCCCGGACCGGACGCCAGAGCUCUAUCCUACAGACUCUGUCAGUCACAUGGAGGCGGCACCGCUGGCCGCACUGCCGGUGCCUCGCAGCCAGUGGGCCAAGCAGCUGGUGGCAGCAUACGGGGUUCCGCCGGGAGAUAGCAGACACGACUCCAGCGACUCACACUGGGAGGACACACGGGUGAAGAAGCGCAGCCGCUGCAAGGACGAUUGUGACUAUGACUCUCUCGAUGCGGCUGCAAGAGCUGCUGCUACUGCUGAUGUUACUCGUGCUGCUGCCAACUAUGGCUGUCAGGCGCGUGGCUUCAAGAGCCCUAGGCCCCAUGCAGCAAUGCCGGCACCUUCCACGCACGAGAUGUGUUCACAGCGCAUAGCAGGCAGGCCCGCAGGAGCAACCCCGGGGCACCUCAGUUGCGGUGUGCUGGAACCCAAGAAAGGGAUGGUGGAGAAUCAACUGGGGGAGGUUUGGAACAGGUCGCAGAGUGAAGCAGCUGUUGGUGCUCCAGACCUAACGGCUCAUGCUGCUGCCACGGAUCCAGCUACUACUGAUGCUGCUCCAGGCUUAAUGGCUCUUGCUGCUGCCGCCUCUACUCCUGCUGCCACUCUUGAUGCCACUGCUCCUGCUUCUGCUACUGCUGCUGCUGCUGCUGCUGCUGCUGGCGGUGGAUCCUUCAGCGCGAGGCCGGCAGCUUACUUCCGAGCCAAGGAACUGCAAGGGCUGCAGAUAUUCCCAGAAAAUCCUCGUGAGCGCCCCACAGAGUCCAGCAGCAGCAGCAGCAGCAGCAGCAGCAGCAGCAGCAGCAGCAGCAGCAGCAGCAGCAGCAGCAGCAGGAGCAGCAGCGGCACAAACUUCAACUUCACUCUAGACACAGUCAUGGCCAAGCUGGCAGAAGCUGAUGCAUCCUCGCGUCCUGGUGACGACAGCACCGAGUGUCCUCGUGAAGGCACUGCAUUUGCCACUCGAUCCAUCCCUGACUUGAACCUGCUUCCCUGUGGGGCUGGUGAGCUGGUGCUGGGUCAGCAGGUUGAAGCCGCCCUUGGCGUUCGUUCCGUUGGACUGGAGCCAUCAGGUUGCGACCACGCCGCUCCAAGUGUGCACAGGGAUGAAAUCCCAAGCCCUUGCUCGAAAACACUGCAGUGCACUGGUCCACAUCCUCAUCAGAAGCAGCAGCAGCAGCAGCAGCAGCAGCAGCAGGUGCAUCAGCAGCAGCAGAGGCAUCAACACCAGCACGAGCACCAUCAGCACCAGCGCCAGCACCAGCACCAGCGCCAGCACCAGUACCAGCACCAGCACCAGCACCAGCACCAGCACCAACACCAGCACCAAGUGCAGCAGCAAGUUCAAGAGCAGCACCACAAGUUUGGACCAUCGGCAGGCCUGCACGAUUCAAACCGUCUAGAAGCGGAUAGGAGGGCGCAGCUGAUAAGGGAGAUCAAGGUCCAGAUGUACAUCUUCUGGAACUGCUGCCACUGAACCCGUGCUGCCACUGACCACGUGCUGCACUAUGAAUGGGUAAAAACAAGCCCUGUGAAGGUAUGGGGCACAACUAAGAUCCCCUCCAUUUUAGCUUCUGACUGCAUAUGAGGUGGAAAUUAGAGCCCAGGUGAAACAGUCACGAGGCUGUUUGGAGUCGAUAGUAGAGUUAGGAGGUAUUCUUGGAAGAUUUGAAAUGUGAAACUAGCAAGGUAGCUUUACUAGAGAUCAUAUGAUGGCUUCCAAUCAAGAAGCACACCACUAUAUACAAGGAAAAUGACUGAGGCACCUCGAGAAGGUCGCCCAAGUCGCAUCUCA